AUGGCGGAUCAGCUAGCAGACAAGCUGAAAUCCACCCAACUCAGUGACGGUGCUCCCGCCGCGAGUGACGAGUGGAAGAAGAAUCUGAACCUCCCCGCAAAGGAUAACCGACAACAAACAGAGGAUGUUACAAACACAAAGGGCCUCGAGUUCGAGAACUUUGCCCUCAAGCGAGAUCUACUUAUGGGAAUUUUUGAAGCAGGAUUUGAGAAGCCUUCACCAAUUCAAGAGGAAGCUAUACCCGUCGCAUUAACUGGCCGAGAUAUUCUUGCACGAGCAAAGAACGGCACUGGCAAGACAGCUGCCUUUGUCAUCCCUACCUUGGAACGCAUCAACCCCAAGGUUUCCAAGAUUCAAUGUCUUAUCCUUGUCCCCACACGUGAGCUUGCCAUGCAGACCUCACAAGUCUGCAAGACCCUCGGCAAGCACCUCGGCAUUAAUGUUAUGGUUACGACUGGUGGUACCGGUCUUCGAGAUGACAUUAUUCGUCUGCAGGAUCCCGUCCAUAUUGUGGUUGGUACCCCAGGCCGAAUUCUUGAUCUCGCUGGCAAGAAUGUUGCCGACCUUAGCGAAUGCCCCAUGUUCAUUAUGGAUGAAGCCGAUAAGCUUCUAUCCAUUGAGUUUACUCCUGUUAUCGAGCAGCUCUUGCAAUUUCACCCCAAGGACCGACAAGUCAUGCUUUUCUCAGCUACAUUCCCUCUGUCCGUCAAGGACUUUUCCGAUAAGAACAUGGUCAGCCCCUAUGAGAUCAACCUGAUGGACGAGCUCACUCUGAGGGGUAUCACCCAAUACUACGCCUUUGUUGAAGAGAAGCAGAAGGUCCACUGUUUAAACACCCUCUUCUCCAAGCUCCAAAUCAACCAGUCGAUUAUCUUCUGUAAUUCCACUAACCGAGUCGAACUUCUGGCUAAGAAGAUUACCGAACUUGGAUACUCCUGCUUCUACAGUCAUGCUAAGAUGCAGCAACAUGCACGAAACCGUGUUUUCCACGACUUCCGCAACGGUGUGUGCCGAAACUUGGUCUGUUCCGAUCUCCUCACACGUGGUAUCGACAUCCAGGCUGUCAACGUUGUCAUCAACUUUGAUUUCCCCAAGAAUGCCGAGACCUAUCUUCAUCGCAUUGGUCGAUCUGGUCGUUAUGGUCACCUUGGUCUGGCUAUCAACCUGAUCAACUGGGACGACCGCUUCAACCUCUACAACAUUGAGCGGGAUCUUGGCACUGAGAUCCAGCCUAUCCCCGCCAGCAUCGACAAGAGUCUCUAUGUCUACGAGAACCCUGAGUCGAUCCCCCGACCCAUCUCCAACAUGCAAAGGGGACAACUACCUGCUGCACAGGGUCAGCAGCAGCCCCAAACUCAACAACCUCAGCAAUACCAACAGCCUCAGCAGAUGCAGCAGGCUGGUCUGCCUCAACAAGGCCAGGGUAAUUGGCAGAGCCAAAAUCCUCAGCACGGCAACCCGCACUAUAACAACGGCGGGCGCGGUCGUGGACGAGGCCGCGGGUAUCGUGGCCGUGGUGGCCAAGGCGCAGGCGGUCGAGGUCGCGGCCCGCCCCGCGAUGCCCAAUCCUAA